AAUAGCCUUUAACGACGCGCAAUGCGUGUCGUAAAACGCUCAGACGACGUGCAAAUACGUGUCAAGGAAGACCCUGUUAUAACAAGAGACGACACGCUUUUGCCUCGAUAUAAGUAUAUGUUUCAAUGAAUUAUAUAAAAAUAAAAAAAAAUAAAAAAAAUAAAAAAAAAAUAAAAAAAAAACUAAAACAUAUUACCCACCAUAAAACAUAAAAAACCAACAUGAAUUAUUAUAUUCUGUAAUUUGCCUUAAAAACAAAAGACUUCAACCUUUAUAAGCACAUGAUGUAUUCCUCUCUUUCUCACCAUUCCUCUAUCACUUUUCCAUUGUUAGUAGUUGAGUUCUCUUUUGUUCUCAUUAGUGAAUCAGAAAGCUACAGCUUCCAUUCAUCUUUCUUUACCAAAUCAUCAAAAUCCCUUAAUUACUACCGUACUUUCUGUUCUAAAACCAAAAUUGUGUGGUUUAAAGUCCACAUUCUUGUCCAUUUUUACCAUUAAAACCCAACCCAAAAACAGUAAAAACAGAGCAUACUCUGUUUUCCUUAUAUACACAAAAAAAAAAAAAAAAAAAAAAAAAAAAAAAAAAAAAAAAAAAACUAAGAAAUGGGGAGGCUUUCGGCAACCAAAAUUGUACUUGAAUCGCUUAUAGGUAGUGGAGGUGACAUUAUUGCGCAUAUUAUCGAGAUAUGGGGCCAAUUCAGAGUGCCAGUUUUGGUGCCAUUGUUGACAUUAUUGUUGUAUGUUUCUUUGGCAAUGUCAAUAAUGUUGUUCGUAGAGAAGGUUUAUAUGUCUUCGGUGGUUGGAUUCAAUUAUUUGUUUGGUAGAAAGACAGAAAAAUGUUACAAAUGGGAAGAAUUUAAAAACGAUGUUGAAUCAGGGAACUCUGUUUAUCCGCUUGUUCUUAUUCAAGUUCCAAUGUUCAAUGAAAGAGAGGUUUAUCAGCUUUCCAUUGGAGCUGCAUGUGGGCUUUCAUGGCCUUCUGAUCGUAUUGUAAUUCAAGUUCUUGAUGAUUCAACAGAUCCUGUCAUUAAGGACAUGGUAGAAGUGGAGUGUCAUAAAUGGGCAGGCAAAGGUACAAACAUACAUUACCAAGUAAGGGACAAUAGAAAGGGUUACAAAGCAGGUGCACUUAAAGAAGGUCUAAAACAUGGUUAUGCUAAUGAAUGCGAGUAUGUGGUAAUCUUUGAUGCUGAUUUUCAGCCUGAAUCUGACUUUCUUCGGAAAACAAUUCCAUUUCUUCAUCAUAACUCUGAAAUCGGACUUGUUCAAGCUCGUUGGAAGUUUGCAAACUCAGAUGAAUGCUUAAUGACAAGGAUGCAAGAGAUGUCACUUAACUACCACUUCAAAGUUGAACAAGAAUUUGGUUCAUCUACUCAUGCAUUCUUUGGCUUCAAUGGGACUGCUGGAGUUUGGCGAAUGGCUGCAAUUAAUGAGGCUGGGGGAUGGAAGGAUCGUACCACAGUGGAAGAUAUGGAUCUAGCAGUUAGAGCUAGUCUUAAAGGUUGGAAGUUCUUGUACCUUGGUUCACUAAAGGUCAAGAACGAAUUGCCAAGUGUAUUCAAAGCCUAUCGAUUCCAACAACAUCGAUGGUCUUGUGGUCCAGCAAACCUUUUCAGGAAAAUGAUUUAUGAGAUCAUGAUGAAUAAGAAAGUAGCAUUGUGGAAAAAGUUGCAUGUGAUAUACAGUUUCUUCUUUGUAAGAAAGAUCGUAGCUCAUAUUGGUACGUUCGUGUUAUAUUGUGUUGUAAUCCCUGCAAGUGUGUGGAUACCAGAAGUCGAGGUUCCAGUAUGGGCUACUGUUUACAUCCCUACAGUUAUCACCAUUCUCAAUGCUGUGGCAACUCCAAGGUCAUUUUAUUUGGUUGUAUUUUGGGUCGUCUUUGAGAAUGUAAUGGCCCUCCAUAGAACUAAGGCUACAUUUAUUGGGCUUUUUGAGACUCAAAGAGUGAACGAAUGGGUUGUUACUGAAAAGCAUGGAGAUGCUUCCAAGGCUAAAAGUGCAAUCACACACCAACAAAGACUUGGAUUGAAACUAAGCGAUAGGCUUCUUGUGCUAGAGUUUUGCAUGGGCAUUAUUCUAUUCAUCUCCGGUUGCUAUGAUCUUGCAUAUGGAAAGUAUUACUACUACAUUUACUUGUAUCUACAAGCUAUAGCUUUUGUUGUAACUGGUUUGGGUUAUGUUGGCACCCACAUUCCCAACUCUUAAAUGAUGUUCUAUAUCAACUUGUUCGAUCAACUAUCAUUCUAUCUUUGUGCCUAAGUCCUUAUGUAAUUUUCUACACCAUUCAAUGUUGUUUGAGAAAAAUAAAACUUUCUUUUACUUUGUACAAUUGUUACCUUUGCAUGUAAACAAAAAAGAAAACAUGAUAGUUCCCCACACAAAAAAGUACAUAAGGACAACAAAAGUAAGCAAAUAUUGGGCGUGGCUUCAUAAAUGAUUAUAAGGUAGAUAGGUUAAUUUGUAAUUAUAGGAUUAUUGGAU